UGGAUAACGAUAAUGACAUCAAUGUAAUGCAACAAACUAUUAUUUUUUUAAAUGACACUACUGAAUUAAAUAUACAAACAGAUGAUCAAGAAUUAUCGGAAAUGAAUAAUAUGAAUGUCGUCGAAACUACACAAAUAAAUUUAUCACAAAAAAUUAAUUUCUCAUUAAAGGACAUGGAAGAAUUAAAUCUGGUGACAGGUAAAAUUUAUAUUUCAUUUAAUUAAUUAAUGUAUUAGUAAUAUGAAAAAUUUUUAUUUAUGACAAUGUACAAUAUAAUAUAAAUUUUAUUAAAAAACAUUUAGAAAAUUCUUAACAAUAUGAGGGAACUGACAGUCAAACAUCUGGUGACACAGUUAUUAUGAAUGUUGUAGAAGAGAAUACUUUCAAUUUAAAGCAAGCAACAACUGUUUCCCUGAAUGAUAAAAGUGAAUUAACAAUAGAAAAUGCACUUACAAAGCAAUCUCAAAUAAGAGACGAUCAACAGUUAGAGGAAACAACAAAUAUUGAGGAAAAUCUAACAAUAAAAGAAACAAAUAAUACAUCAUUAUCAAUUGGAAAGGAACUGACAUUAGGAAAUGAUACAAUGACGGUUAUACAUUUUGAUAUUAAUGAAGACAAUUGCAAUGAAGGAAGUAAUGUCGAACAAAAUGUAGAUGAUUCUGCCACAACCGUAACACCUGCACAAGAACAUGAUGAUUCCCAAUCAAGUAAUAAACAGUCAUUUUUUAAAUUUAAUAUUAAUAUAAUUUAAAAAUAAAUUUCAUUGUACAUAUUUAACGUUUUGCUAAUGUUCAUAACAAUCAACUAUUCUAUAAAUUUCAAUAAAUAAAUAAAUUACCCCCAUUAUGACUUCAAUUAUGACUUUAUAGUUUAA